AUGACGAUGCCUCUCCGAAUAAGGCCCACGGGUCUGACGCGAAAACUCUUCUCCCACCCUUCCCCGUCUCCCUGCACAAUCACCGGCCCAUGUCGCGCACCCCGCUCCCGAGCCUACGCUACAUCCGAGCGGCUCCCCAAGAUCGCAGAUAGCUCCGUCUGGACAGCGAUGGUACCACGCUUUAUCAGGAGCCGCAAGUCGCGCAAGCCCGGCGAAAAGAAGGAGUGGAACCCCGCUACGUUUUACAUCGUUAUGUUCACGUUGAUCGGGUCGCAGGCGAUUCGAUUGUUGACGCUGAAGAAUGGAUAUGCGGCGUAUCGACGGUCUGCGGAUGCAAAGAUUGAGUUGUUGAAAGAGGUCAUCGAGAGGGUACAGAAGGGGGAGAAUGUUGAUGUUGAGAAACUGUUGGGGACGGGGGAUGAGGGGAAGGAGCAGGAGUGGGAGGAUGUUCUACGGCAGAUUGAGCAGGAAGAUGCGGAGUGGCAUUCGAAACAAAAGGCUGUGAAAGAACAGGAGAAGGCCAUGCCGGAGCCGGAAAAGAAGGACUCCGACGUCUCUAAGACGGCGGGUGAUGAUGAAGCUAUGAAGCCGCAGUCGACUCGGAAGGUGAACUUCUUCUAA